UAUUUUCUUUGCGUGCUUGCUAUAGCUCCUAUAUUAUUCCCAUACAUGUCCACCCCCUGCUCCAGCUUCCUGGCAACAAUGGAGUACCCUGCAAACCCUAACCCUAAUUCGCAUCUUCCUCCUCCUCCUCAGUACUUCGACCAGAAUAUCCUCGACCCUUUUCUGGAGGAGUUUCAGUUAUCGGAUUAUCUCAUGCUUGAUGCUCAUAUUUAUGGGUUCGCUAAUGAUUCCACCAAUUCAGAGCAUAGUAUGGUGUUAUCGGAGCAAGUUGUUAGUGGUGGUGGUGCAACACCAAGAAAUGCUAGAAGCAAUAAAUCCAGAAGGGGAUUCAAGAAAGAGAAGGGUGAAGUGAGACAUAGGGUUGCAUUUUCAACUAAAUCGGAUUUGGAUAUCAUGGAUGAUGGGUUUAAGUGGAGGAAGUACGGCAAGAAGUCGGUCAAGAACAGCCCCAAUCCAAGGAACUAUUAUAAAUGUUCAAGUGGAGGAUGCAAUGUAAAGAAGAGAGUAGAAAGGGAUAGAGAAGAUUCAAGAUAUGUGAUAACAACUUAUGAGGGGGUCCACAAUCAUGAAAGCCCUUGUGUGGUGUACUACAAUCAGAUGCCUCUCAUGGUCCCAGAUGGUUGGACUUUGCAAGCUGCUUCUCCUCGUCACUCUUUCUCUAAUUAACUUCAUAGGCAUAUUAGUCAUAAUUAGUCAACAUGUUAAUUAAUUAUCUCUUAUUAUAUCAUCAAACUCUCUUCCUUUGCUUAAUGUAAUUUUAUUUUGAGCUUAUAGUCAUUAUCAUUUUGUGUGUUUUGGUAUA